GAUUUAUCUGCGCAACUAAAUCGUUUGGAUAUCAGCGUAAGUUUGAAUAUCAUUUGUAUGGAUUUUCUCGGUUUUAUAUAAAAUACACAUGAUUGUAUUCACAAAAACAGCUGGAAAAUGCUGUAGAGGUACAAACCAAGGAAGAUGAAGAGAAUUCCAAUGUGAAUGAUUCGGAAGGAGCGACUGGUGAUCGUGGAAAGCUGAUACAACGUCCAUUUGAAAACUGGCGCAAUCUCGGAACACAGACAAACACCGUGGAAAAAACGCGUACAUACCGUUCGCAAACAUCUAUUUUGAAUCGACAGGUCGUUGAAAAUUUACAAACGACAAAAUUUGCAAUGAUGCCGAAUGGCGACCUAAGCCGAUGCAAAGGCUCCACCUUGAUUGAAAAUACGACGGCAUUUGAUUUAUUUGUGUGCAUAAUUAUGUGUCAAAUGUUGGACAUCAACGAUACCAAAUUGAAAGUCAAUAAUAUCGCCGAUCCCGAUUUCGUACAGUUUAUUGAGAACUAUAUCAAACUGGGCGUAACUCCAAAAGUCAUCCAAGAUCGAAAUAUCAUACUUUCAAAGUUUUUUUCGAAAGGAAUUGUGUCAAAAGUAAAAGUAAUGAACUGUGAAUCAACGGUCUGGGAGAUGGCAACAAAAGCCUGGACAACUCUAUUCAAAGCGCAAUGUCUCUGUCAAAAUUUUCUGGAUAUCGAUCUCGAUGGAACCUUGUUUGAACUGCCUCAAUGCAACAAAAACCAUGAAUUGCAGAACAUCAUUUUCGUUGACGCAAAAGGGGAGGAUCGGCUACAUCAGAGAGUUGCAGACGUAAUAUUGAUAAACGAUCAAAUAUUCGUUUUGAAUGCAGUCGUUCUGCAAUCAAAAUACAGAAAUAAAGUUCAUUUCUUCACCGAUAUAAAACGCGGUAAUUUCGUAUGGUAUCGUUUCGAUAACAACACACAUAUAAUUUCAAAAUCAAAGUUGAACGAGAAGAAACGAUUAAUUCACAUGUUGAUUUACGUUCACGCCGUCAAAGCUGAAACAGAAGUACACACCGAAGAGCAAAAUGACAAACCAUUUUCAAUCAUCGAAAACUUCCAUACGUGCAAUUACAAUGGAACACGAGUUAUGGUGAAAAAUGCUUGUGGGCCAGAUUCGCUGUUGAACAUUUUUUGUCGAGUUUAUGUGACUUCACCAAAUAUUUUCAGAAACAUGGAGUCAAGCGAUUUACUCAUGGAACUUGCAGCAGCAUACAAAAAUAACAACAGACAAAGGGUAUAUGAGUUUCGUAUCAAGCUACUGAUGCAAUCAGGUUUCAAAUGCUCGCAUGUUGGAACAAAUGAAGUUCAUCUGAAUGCAGAAUCCAACGUCUUAUCUUCUCUUCGUAUGAUAUUCACUGAAAACUUCUACAGUAUUCUACGAGUCCGAUCAUGUAAAUGCGGCAAAAGACAAUCAAAAUUAACAAGCAUUCAA